CGGACCGGAAGCGCUAGCCAAGCGACCCCCAGGUGACCGAGUCGUGGGCUGUAGUUUCCAGUGAUCGUGGAGGUCGCGGGGGUCCCUGCAACGGCGCGCUCCCCUCCUCCGCCGCCAUGGCCUGGACCAAGUACCAGCUGUUCCUGGCCGGGCUCAUGCUCAUCACCGGCUCCAUCAACACACUCUCAGCAAAGUGGGCGGACAACUUUGUGGCCGAGGGCUGCGGCAGAAGCAAGGCGCACAGCUUCCAGCAUCCCUUCCUCCAGGCCGUGGGCAUGUUCCUGGGGGAGUUCUCCUGCCUGGCUGCCUUCUACCUCCUCCGGUGCAGAGCUGCAAGGCACCCAGAUACUAGCAUGGAUCUCCAGCAGCCCUUCAACCCCUUACUUUUCCUGCCCCCAGCCCUUUGCGACAUGACCGGGACCAGCAUCAUGUACGUGGCCCUGAACAUGACCAGCGCCUCCAGUUUCCAGAUGCUGCGUGGAGCCGUGAUCAUAUUCACAGGCCUGUUCUCGGUGGCCUUCCUGGGGCGGAGGCUGGUGCUGAGCCAGUGGCUGGGCAUCCUCACGACCAUCGCGGGGCUGGUGGUAGUGGGCCUGGCCGACCUCCUGAGCAAGCAUGACGAUCAGCACAAGCUCAGCGAAGUGAUCACAGGGGACCUGUUGAUCAUCAUGGCCCAGGUCAUCGUCGCCAUCCAGAUGGUGCUAGAGGAGAAGUUCGUCUACAAGCACAACGUGCACCCUCUGCGGGCCGUUGGCACUGAGGGCCUCUUUGGCUUCGUGAUCCUGUCCCUGCUGCUGGUACCCAUGUACUACAUCCCUGCCGGUUCCUUUAGUGGAAACCCUCGUGGGACCCUGGAGGAUGCUCUGGACGCCUUCUGCCAGGUGGGCCGGCAGCCGCUCAUCGCCCUGGCGCUGCUGGGCAACAUCAGCAGCAUUGCUUUCUUCAACUUUGCGGGCAUCAGCGUCACCAAGGAGCUGAGUGCCACCACACGCAUGGUGCUGGACAGCCUGCGGACCGUCGUCAUCUGGGCCCUAAGCCUGGCCCUGGGCUGGGAGGCCUUCCACCUGCUGCAGAUCCUCGGCUUCGUCAUCCUCCUGGUGGGCACUGCCCUCUACAACGGGCUGCACCGCCCGCUGCUGAGCCGCCUGUCCCGAGGCCAGCCCGCGGCCGGGGAGGGCGAGCGAGAGAGGCUGCUGGACGCCUCUCGGACUCCCAUCAACGAUGCCAGCUGAGCCUCCUGCGGGCCCGCUGCCACCUGGAUGCACCUUGUUUGCCCUGAGGCUGAGGCCACACAGGCUGGUGAGCCUCAAGUUGCUUGUCCCCAAGGCCUCGCCCUGCCCCUCCCCACACACCCCCGGGACAGCCGCUACCACAGAGGAUGAGGGGCACCCAGGUCCUCCUCUGUCACCACCUCCUGCAAAAAGGUGUUGCCCAGCUGCACAGGCUUGAGUGCAGUGACUGACCACGCCAAGCUCCCCACAACCCGCCAGACCCCUGUGGCGGCACUAGAGCAAAAUCAUGAAGUGGAGUUGCAGGAACUAAUAGCCCUGGAAUUUUCUAAAUCAACCAAAAUUGAUUCUCCAAAAAAAAAGAGGUCAAUGAGCAAAUUCAAAGCAGAGCUAAGUACCGUAUUUUUUUAAAAACCUCUAAGAUAUCCCCUAACCCUGCCUGGAGCCCUAGGCUUUGCUCACGCAGCGUGUGCUCCCCAGCCCAUAACCUCGUCGCUCCGGGCCCUGGUGUCCUGCUCUAAAAGCAUAGCGUCAACGCUGUGGCUUUAGCACCUUCCAUCCCCAGCUGGGCCCAUUCUGUGGGCCUGGGAUUCUGACCAACCCGGGAAGGAAGUAACAGCUUAUUUACUGGCGGUUCGCCUGUGCCGGCAGUGCCACCUCCCCAGGCUUGUUCUGAUGUCCAGUGUCCUUGCUCACGCACCCGCAGGGCCUCCCUUCCUGGAGGAGAUUCCAGGGGAAUCCCCGCAGCCCUUGAUAACAGCUUUUAUGAAAUCUGCACCUUCCAUUUUCAAGGUGAGGAAACUGAAAUCCAAAAUUAUAAGUUGUUUGGCAAGAAGGGUGUCCUGCCGUGGGCUCUGGCCAUGUAGCCACAUGACCCUGUUGCAGGCUGGGAUCUGGAGCACACCUGGUUCUCAGCCCCACCCCCAGCAACCUGAUCCUAUAGAGCGCCCUCCAGGGUGAUGGACUGGCCAGGAUCCUACCAUUCAGAGUAAUUCUGCCAUUCCGGGCAUUAUAUGAAGUGCUCAACUUUCGUUCUGUUGUAACAACCUGCACAGGUGGGUACAGAUGAGGAAUCUGUGGCCCAGAGAAGGUUAAGUGACUUCCUUGUGGAGCAGGCGUUCAAGAAGGGUUUGCCUGAUUCCCAGCCUGUAGCCCCACCUUACUGUACUGGUCUCACUCUGGAUCUUUGAGGGAUUUCCUGUGGCUGGGAAAGAAACAUCAUGAGCUGGUGUCCUCCCAGUAACUCCCCUCCCCGCCCUGCCACCCCCCAACCCCCCGCAAGAGAGGGCCCUGGCAUCAGGGACUCCAGGGAGCUGCGAGGCCCUCCGUUCCAGCGUUCUUCCUGAUGUGGCCGUUUCUGGGGCCUCGGGCCAUUUUCUUGCGCAGCUUGAUCAUAAAACAACAAAUGCCUUCCUUAAAAUAGGUUCUGGGGGAAGGGAUCUUUGAUAAGCAAAACCCUCAGCCUGUGUGGGAAUCCAGCAGGUUAUUAAGGUGUGUUGGGAGAAGAGGGUCUUUUCAUCCCACCAGCUCUGAGUCCCAGGGGCCCCCUGAGCGUCUUGGGCCACGGGGUGUGUCACAGGAAGAAGGAAGUGGAGGGAGUGAGGGUGGUGGGGGCUACAGCUGCCUCGUCCAAAAAAUUGCCGUAAGGUGUUAUUUUUAGGCUUUAAGUUAAUUGGCAGGGCGGACUUUUUUUAUUUUAAUGAGGGAAGGAGUACCAGGGUUGGACAGUCCUGGGCGUCGUGUCUAGAAUGUUGCUGGAAAAGUGCUAAUGUACCAAAGCAUAGAAAACACCCAGCUCAUCCUACACUGUUCGGAUGAAGAAACCAGCGCCCAGGGAGGGUAGAGAACUUCCCAAGGUCACAGCCAGAGGUGGCCAGGCCAGACCGCAACGCCGGGUUCUGCCCACCCCUUUCUGCCCCAGGGAUGUAGCCCGGAACCUGUGCACGCCACUUGGGGGUGUUAGGGGAGCACUUGGCCUUUAUUUGAGCCCUGCCAUGGGGGACCGUGGAUUUUAACGUUGAGGGGGGUGUAAUUUAUAAUGGGACUUGCAUGGCAGAGCACAGGGGGCGGUCGGGCACCCCAUCAGGCCUGCCACCUGCUCAAGCAAAUCACUUUACCCCCUGGAGCCUCAGGUCUUCACAUCUCCGAAAUGGAGAAGCCAGCCUCCAUCUGGCAGGGCGAGCAUGAAAAUGACAUAAGAUUAAUAAAUUGCAGGGGCCUGGAAAGGCCAACGCACAGUGGAGUGUCGAGUAAGCCUGUACUGUCCACCGGGGGGUCUGUCAUGGGCACUGAUAUCCCCACUGAGCACAUGGGAGCAUCAGCUUUGCUCAGAGGAGAAGACGUUUCAUUAUACACGCCAUCGUGGAGUAGAAUACAAAAUGCAUAGAUUAUAGGAUAAAACAGAAGACAGUUUAUGCUAACAGUACGGACUUUUCCCUCCCCUGGGGGUGCCAACCUUUUGUCAGGGGUGCUUUGGAGAGUUGAGUUUGAGAAGCUUUGCUGUGUCUUGCUGGUCACGUGGGCAGGAGGGUAAGGACCCCCACUCCUGCUGAGUCUGGAGGGUGGUAGGGGCCGCCUGUGACUGCGGCCCUACCGCCCUGAAUACAGGAAGGAGAGCCAGAAUGUCGGCAGUGUGGCACGGAGGCCCUGAUCCCCGGAAUCAGAGUUGCCUGACAGACUUCUGUAAACAUUGGUUCAAACACCAUGUAAUUUAAAGCCUCUGUAUUGUAGCGAACUGAUCAGGCCCUGGCCCUUGGAGUGGGGCGGGGCUUCCUGCAGGACUGCCCAGCAAGUCCGCGGAUGCCAUCGGGCUCCUCUCACCAGGAAUCUGCCUGCAAGGCAGAAACUUGGGACCCUGCCGAGUUCUGUUGCCUUCACUUUGUCCAAAGGUCUCUGUGUAGUUUAAGCAAACGACAGUCCUAGCGCUCAGAGCUCUGACCUUAGAAGAGGAUUGGAGCAAAGGGUCACCUGGUUUAGGGGGAAGAAGCAGAAUCUGGAGUCAGCUGUGUCCUCAGCCCCGCCUCAACCAGGUGACCCUUGGACAAGUCACAGUUACCUCUCAAGAUCUUGGCUACCUAUAAAAAGGCGACGUUCCCAGUGCUCCUAAAUGUGUUCAUCUCCCACCCACGCUUGGAGAUCAGCAUCAUCCUUUCGUGUUUCCUGUGGCUUAGAGACCCUCUGGCCUGUUGUCAACGACAGCCUUUCAAAACCCAAAGUCAGCGGGGAGUUCCCUCUGUAGCCAUGAAAGUUUGUGAAUCAGCUUUCUUUAUUGAGAAUUCUUGUCCAAAAAAAAUUUUAAUGAGGAAUUCCUGUCCCAGAACUCAACAAACUUUUUUGAGAACUGAUGUGCACUUUGAGGUGGAUCCAUCAAAGAAAACAGGAGAGACGAAUGUGUAAAGCAAGAAUUUCGCCCAGCGUGCAGUGCAAUAAGAGGCCUUUGUGUGGGGCACCCUGGAGGUGGUACUGGAGACAUCAGCGAGCUCCGUGUGGCACUUAGAGAGAGCUCCACUUGAGCUACAUGUUGAAGGGGGGGCAGGAGUCUUCUAGGCUUGGUGAUGUGGGGGGAGGGAAAGAUGAAGAAGUAUUUCAGGAGGAAGGAACAGCUUCCUCCUGAAAAAACUGCCACAAGGUGAUGUAUUCAAGAACUUCAGGUAAGUAGACUGGCACACCUGGCAAUAAGUGUGCCACACAGAGGAACUGGCCAGAGACAAGGCCCAAGUGGGGCAGGUGCCCAGGUAGUGCUGUGCCCUUUAGGCUUUGCUGAGGCAUUAGGACUCUGCAGACUUUAGGGUGCCCAGGAGAGUUUUAGGUAAGGGAGAGACACGAUCCAACUUACCUCUUUGGGAAGGUCAUGUUGUUAGAUGGAAACAGAUUUGAUUAGCGUUAGGAAGUACUAAAGGCCAAUAAAGUCACCGAUGAUUAAUUAGGGUCUGGACUAUGGAAAUGGUGGGGAGGAUGAACAGAAGAGCCAUUCAAGAAGAAGACUGCCCUUUUAGGGCCUUGGUUUUAGGAUCUUCUAUUGUGUAAGGCAGUGAUUUUUAACUGGUGUGCCGCAAGAAUUUUUGAAACGUGCAAUAUCUGACUAGUCAGGGGUACUGAUCUCUUUUCCCUUUGAUUGUCAAGUAAAAAAAUGACAACAGCCAAUACAAUAAGAGCUGUCUGGUGUGAAUGAAUAAAAAUUAUAUCUUUUUGGUCAGAUCUGCAAAAAAUAUAUGCAUUGGUGUGCCACAGAAUGUUAGUAAUUAGUUUAUAUGUGCCAUGAAAUGAAAGAGGUUGAAAAUUGCUGGUGUAAGGACAUUAUGCUAAUUAUGCUGAGUGAAAUACAUUCAUUCAGAGAAAACCAAAUACAAUAUGAUCUCUUCUAUGUAGAAUCUAAAAAAAAACCUCACCCUGGCCGGGUGGCUCAGUCAGCUAGAAUAUCAUCUCAUAUACCAAAAGGUUGCAGGUUGAUGUCCAGUCAGGGCACAUGCCUAGAUUGAAGGUUCAAUCCCCAGACAGGUGCAUAUGGGAGGCAACUGAUCUAUGUUUCUCUCGUACAUUGAUGUUUCUCUUUCUGUUCCUCUCUAAAAUCAAUAAACAUAUCCUCAGGUGAGGAUUUUUUUUUUUUAAGUCCUGCCUUUUCUUCCUGCUUGAAUAGAGCAAGGUAGGAGCUAUAUGUCUAUAAAGCAGAAUUAAUGAGUGAAGAUAUGCUUUGAUUAAUAGGUGUUGAGGACUAGGGGAGCUGGACUUCUUGCCUCUGUGUUGACCUGGGUCACUGAAAACCAAUCAUAUUUCCGUUAUUUGAUUGCACCUCAAAAAGUUCAAUUAAACACUCCUUCCUUUUCUUCCCUUCUCUUUCUUUCUUUCUAGUGGUAAAAUGUACUCAACAUAAAACUUACUAUUUUGACUAUUAAGUAUAUUCAGUGGCAUUAAAUAAUGUUUACAUUGUUCACAACUAGCACCAUCCAUCUCCAAAAGGCGUUCAUCUUCCCAAACUGAAACUCUCUAUUAAAUGCUAACUCUCCAUUCCCUCUUCCCCACCCUCAUAGCCCCCUCCCUGGCAAUGACCAUCCUACUUUCUGUCUAUGAACUUGACUGUUGUAGGCACCUCAUACAAGUGGAGUCAUACAAUAUUUGUCCUUUUGUAUCUGGUUUAUUUUGCUUAACAUAAUGCUUUCAGUGUUCGUUCAUGUUGUAACAUGUGCCAGAAUUUACUGUUUUUAAGGCUGAAUAGCAGUCCAUUGUAUUGCAUGUACCACAAUUUGUUUAUGUAUUCAUCCACUUGGACUUUUUUGGUUAUUAUGAAUAACACUGCUAUAAAUAUUAGUGUGCAGAUACCUGUUCAA